AUAAAGGCAGCGGGACCGCCGGCCCCCGGGCAUUCGGGGCGCGGCGCGCGCGCGAGCGGAGCAGGUCAUGGCGGCGCCGGGCAGCAGGUCGGAUCCUCCGCAGCUCCCCGAGUUCAGCUGCGGCUACGUGGUGUCCCGGCCGAUCUACAGCGAACUCGCCCUCCAGCCAGAACUGGAGCGGCGCCUGCAGGAGCGCAAGACGCUGCGGGAGAGCUUGGCGGCGGGCUGCAGUUGUUCAAGAAAAAGGGCCUUGGGUGUUCUGAAGACUCUCCUGCCCAUUCUGGACUGGCUCCCCAAAUACCGAGUGAAGGAAUGGCUGCUUAGUGAUAUCAUUUCAGGAGUCAGUACCGGGCUAGUGGGAACAUUGCAAGGGAUGGCAUAUGCUCUACUAGCUGCGGUUCCUGUUGGAUAUGGCCUCUAUUCUGCUUUUUUUCCUAUCCUGACUUACUUUAUUUUUGGAACAUCAAGGCACAUCUCCGUUGGACCUUUCCCUGUGGUCAGUUUAAUGGUGGGCUCUGUGGUUCUGAGUAUGGCCCCUGAUGAGCACUUUCAUGUGCAGAGCAGCAAUGGAAGUGUAUUGAACAGUACUGUGUUGGACACUGCAGCCAGAGAUGCAGAAAGAGUACUGAUUGCUAGCACCCUUACUCUUCUGGUUGGGAUCAUACAGUUGAUAUUUGGAGGUCUGCAGAUCGGAUUCAUAGUGAGGUAUUUGGCAGAUCCUUUGGUUGGAGGAUUCACAACAGCUGCUGCUUUCCAAGUGCUGGUCUCGCAACUGAAGAUUGUGCUCAACGUUUCAACCAAAAACUAUAACGGUGUCCUCUCCAUUAUCUAUACUCUAAUUGAGAUUUUCCAAAAUCUUGGUGACACCAACCUUGCUGAUUUCAUUGCUGGGCUCCUCACCAUCAUCAUCUGCAUGGCUGUAAAGGAAUUAAAUGAUCGAUAUAAACACAGAAUCCCAGUUCCUAUCCCUAUAGAAGUAAUUGUGACCAUAAUUGCCACUGCCAUUUCAUAUGGAGCCAACUUGGAGAAAAAUUACAAUGCUGGCAUUGUGAAGUCCAUCCCAAGGGGGUUUUUGCCUCCGGUGCUCCCGCCUGUGAGCUUGUUUUCAGACAUGUUGACGGCAUCCUUUUCCAUCGCCGUGGUGGCUUACGCUAUUGCUGUGUCUGUCGGGAAAGUGUACGCCACCAAGCAUGACUACACUAUUGACGGAAACCAGGAAUUUAUUGCCUUUGGGAUCAGCAACGUCUUCUCAGGAUUCUUCUCUUGUUUCGUGGCCACCACAGCGCUGUCCCGCACGGCGGUCCAGGAGAGCACUGGGGGAAAGACGCAGAUUGCCGGAAUCAUCUCUGCUGGGAUUGUGAUGAUUGCCAUUGUGGCCCUAGGGAAGCUUCUGGAACCCCUGCAGAAGUCUGUCUUGGCAGCUGUUGUGAUUGCCAACCUGAAAGGGAUGUUUAUGCAGGUGUGUGAUGUCCCUCGUCUGUGGAGGCAGAAUAAAAUUGAUUCUGUUAUCUGGGUGUUUACGUGUGUAAUGUCCAUCAUUCUGGGGCUGGACCUGGGUUUACUAGCUGGCCUUAUAUUUGGACUAUUGACUGUGGUCCUGAGAGUUCAGUUUCCUUCCUGGAGUAGCCUUGGAAGCGUCUCUAACACAGACAUCUACAAAAGUACCAAGGUUUAUAAAAAUAUUGUAGAACCAGAGGGAGUAAAGAUUCUUAGGUUUUCCAGCCCAAUUUUUUAUGGCAAUGUGGACGGCUUCAAAAAAUGUGUCAAGUCUACAGUUGGAUUUGAUGCCAUUAGAGUCUAUAAUAAGAGGCUGAAAGCUUUGAGGAGAAUACAGAAACUCAUCAAAAAAGGACAAUUAAGGGCCACAAAGAAUGGCAUCAUAAGUGAUGUUGGGUCAACAAACAACGCUUUUGAGCCUGAUGAAGAUAUUGAAGAUCCAGAAGAACUUGAUAUCCCUACCAAGGAAAUUGAGAUCCAAGUGGACUGGAACUCUGAGCUCCCAGUGAAAGUGAACGUCCCCAAAGUGCCCAUCCACAGUCUGGUGCUUGACUGUGGAGCUAUCUCCUUCCUGGAUGUGGUUGGAGUGAAGUCAUUGAGAAUGAUUGUCAAAGAAUUUCAAAGAAUUGACGUGAACGUGUAUUUUGCAUUGAUUCAAGAUCAUGUGAUGGAAAAGAUGGAGCAAUGUGGCUUCUUUGAUGAUAACAUUAGAAAGGAUUCGUUCUUUUUGACGGUUCAUGAUGCUAUACUCUAUCUACAGAAUCAGGUUAAAUCCCAGGAGGGUCAAGAUUCCCUUUUAGAAACGAUCACGCUCAUUCAAGACUGUAAGGAUCCUCUUGAAUUAAUGGAAGCAGGACUGACGGAGGAAGAACUUGAUGUCCAGGAUGAGGCUAUGCGCAGACUUGCCUCCUAAGACUGGGCUCAAAAAGUCACCUACUGUCAGCAAGGAGUAUAACACAAAACUUCCCACCUGUGUCAUUCGGUGCAAAGAGUUUCUGCAUUGACUAUUUCUUUGGAAUUAAACACACAUUCUUUUUCUGAUACAUUUACAAUAUUUGAGGUUUCUGAGCGCCUUAGGCAUUAAAUGAGGAUUAAGAUUG